GGUGAUCACGCACCUAAGAAAUAGGAAAUCUGAUAUAUUAUCCUUUUAUCCAAUCUAUUUUCCAGGGGAAGGUCCCAUUGUUAUCCGCCAUUGCAUGGCAUCAUCUUCAUAUCUUCAUCUUUAUGCUAGCUGCGGUGCAUGCAACUUUCUGUGUUCUAACCAUUCUUUUUGCAAAGGCAAAGAUGAGUCAAUGGAAACGUUGGGAGGAUUCUAUCAAAAGUGAUUACCAUCCAGAAGAAGUUUUGGAAAGGAAGUUCAUCACCAUCCAUGAUCUUGUUUUUAUCAGGAGUCGCGUUCUGGGUUUUGGAAGGAACUCAGAUUUCAUAGUUUGCAUUUUUCAAACAAUUUUAUGGGUCUGUGAGCCAAGCAGAUUAUUUGACAAUGCGACAUGGCUUUGUUCAGGUUGGCAUUCCUAUUUUUGGAUAGCUUUCAUUCCCUUAAUUCUAUUACUUGCUAUUGGCACUAAGUUGGAGCAUGUUAUUACUCAAUUGGCCAAUGAGGUUGCUAAGAAGCACAUUGCAAUCGAAGGGGACUUGGUUGUUCAACCUUCAGAUGAUCAGUUUUGGUUCCACAGGCCCAGACUGAUUCUCUUCCUGAUACGUAUCAUCUUGUUCCAAAAUUCUUUUCGACUGGCAUAUUUCUUCUGGUUAUGGUAUCUGAAGAAAAAGACCCACGAACAUGUGUUUGAGGCGUUGCAUAAGAUUAAACAAGAGUUGAUUUUGGGGAUUAUAGCUCUGCUGCUGUCAGUGUUUCAAGAUCGUUUAGGCAAAAUCUGCAUAACGGAGAAACAGGCCAGUCAUUGGCUGCCUUGUAAGAAACGAGGUCCUCUCUCCAAGGGCGACUGUUCAGAGGGGAAGGUCCCAUUGCUAACCGCCACUGCUUGGCAGCAUCUUCAGAUGUUCAUCUUUGUGCUAGCUACCGUGCAUGCGACUUUCUCUAUCCUAACCAUUCUUUUUGCAAGGGCAAGGAUUCGUGAAUGGAAACAUUGGGAGGACUCUGUCGCAGAAAAUGUGUACUAUUCAGAAGAAGUUCGGAGAAGGCAAUCAACACACGCCCAUCUUUUUAUCCGGGGUCGUGGUGGAAACAAUCCAGCUUUUCUAAGUUGGUUGCUGGCAUUUUUCAAGCAAUUCUUUAGGUCUGUGACAAAAGCAGAUUAUAUGAUGGUAAGGCUAGGCUUCAUCGAUGCCCAUUUCAGCAGAAAUUCAAAGUUUAAUUUCUACAAUUACAUGAUCCGUGUCCUUGAAGCAGAUUUUAAGAGAGUCGUUGGAAUAAGUUGGUAUCUUUGGUUCUAUGUGGUCAUCUCCUUGUUGCUGAACGUCUGGGGUUGGCAUGCCUAUUUCUGGAUCUCAUUUAUUCCCCUCAUUCUUUUUCUUGCUGUUGGCACUAAGUUGGAGCAUGUAAUUAUGCAAUUGGGUCAUGAGGUUGCUGAAAGAUGCAAUAUAAUUGAAUGGGACUUGGUUGUUCAACCUUCAGAUGAUCACUUUUGGUUCCAGAGGCCCGAUCUGCUUCUCUUUCUGAUUCAUAUAAUCUUGUUCCAAAAUUCUUUUCAACUGGCAUUUUUCUUCUGGACAUUGUUUCAAUAUAAAUUUCAUUCCUGCAUGAUGGGGAAAGUUGAUUAUAUCAUCCCAAGACUUGUGAUCGGAGCAUUCAUUCAGUUCCUCUGCAGUUACAGCACCUUACCAUUGUACGCAAUUGUCACACAGAUGGGAGCUCAUGCGAAGCCGGCAAUUUUUGACGAAAAAAUAGGUCCAGCCCUUGCUAAGUGGGUUCGGGUGGCAGCAAAGCGAAGGGCAUUGAGAGAAGCUGCUAGUGGUUCUAGCCAAGUAGAUCCCAAUCAGGCUUCUGUGGCAGUUCAAUUCGCUGAAGUACGAAAUAAUGAGUCUGCAGGAGAAAUUGUGCCUGAAUUGCCACCGAGGGAUGAAUAUGAAAGUUUUCAUUUUGAGGUACCUUUUGAAACCUCACCCUCGCGCUCAAACCCAUAGUGAUUGUUAGUAGUAAAACUUCAACAAAAUGAAGUUCAAUGUAGAAUGAAACACUGCCUAUAAGCAAGUGGAAGGAAACCUCGAGAAGCUCAAUUGUUCUAUGUAGUCUUGAACUUUCAUCUAUACUUUUUUCGUGUAAUUAAGUUGAUUUUUUAUAUC